GCAGGACGCCAGCAUCCACGAGGAGGCUAGGGGCCGGAUUGUCAAAUCUUACCUUCGGGCGACGGGACCCUACGCCCAGAAAUCUCUACCGUUAAACUGUUUUGGGUCGCGAGGGGUCCCGCCGCGCCAAGGGGGAAGAGACGAGACGAAGGGACAACAAACACCGCCUCUUCCCCCUACCCUUCGCUGCCGCUGCUGUUAUAUUACCUCAAUAUUUGACCAGGUUACUGAGAUCAUGGCCGCUUAUGAGCAGCUUUGGGAUGAUCUGGACCUCUUGGAUCAAUUGGAGGAGCUAGAUGCCGAAGGAGUUGUCGGACGUAGACGUCGCAGAAUUGUUACAGAUCGGAUGAAUCCCUUCACAGCAAUGAGUGAUGAUGAAUUCAUGGACCGCUUCAGGGUCAGGAAAACGUCAAUGUACGACCUAAUUGAAGAAAUUAGAGAUCACCUUCCUGCCCCAAAUGACUCAAGAGGCUGUCCUGUUCCGCCACAUCUCCAAACCCUGAUCGCGAUACGCUGCAUGGCAACCGGAGACCACCAAAUGACUUUAGGUGACUGCCAUGAUGUAUCACAAACAACAGUCAGCCAGUGCCUGAAGGUGGUGUCAAGAGCAAUUGCUAGCUUGAGCAGGCAUUAUAUACAGCCACCUUCGGGCAAUGAUCUGCAGCGUACAAUCCAGGAUUUUCAUGCCAUUCAUGGAAUGCCUGGAGUUAUCGGGGCAAUUGACUGUACACACAUUGCCAUACUGAGACCCUCUGUUGAAAAUUCAGAGGUGUUUCGGUGCAGGAAAGGUUUCUUUUCAUUGAACGUCCAAGCUGUAUGUGGACCUGACCUGCGGUUUCAUAAUGUUGUUGCUCGUUGGCCAGGGAGUGUCCACGACAGUAGGAUUUUCUAUAACAGUAGGCUCUGUGCUGAUAUAGAGACAAAUUUAAACCCUAGGUAUCACUUGCUUGGAGAUGCUGACUAUGCCUUGAAGAGGUAUCUGUUGACAGUGUCAGUUCCAACUAAUGAGCACGAGAGGGCUUAUAACAACAGUCAUACCCAUACGAGGAAUACAGUUGAAAGGGCAUUUGGUGUUCUAAAAAGGAGAUUUGGGUAUUUAGGGAAGAAAGUUAGGACAAAUUUAGACACCACUAAAGCCAUCAUAGUUGCUGCAAUGGUACUGCACAAUAUUGCAGUCCAAACUAGACUGGUUUUGCCACAAGAUGGAAGGGACAUGAUAAACAUCGAUAUCAAUGCUCUCCAUAAUGAAGUGCCAAUACAGAGACAGGCGAACGUACUAGGUAGACUGAAACGGCAGCAAAUCAUUACUGACUACUUUUAAACAAGAUGGGAACCUUAUUGUAGGUAUAAACAUAUGUCUUCUCUGUCUC